UUCGAUUGUAAUGGACGAUAAAUGCCAAUAUAGGUGAAAUGAAGUUGCGAUGUUGCAAAAUCUGUAAAAGUUGUAAUGUGUAAUGAGCAAUGGGGAAAAGCGAGGCGUUGGUGAAAUAUAUACAUGCUCUUUUGUAUAUUUUCUAAGGAUUCAUCACUUAAAUUCGACUCAGUUCGACAGUAGCAAUAAAAUGUAGUUUGCACUUGAUUAACAUCAGUUUUAUGAACUCAUGUGGCAGUGAGUGGAUAUUGUUAUUUGCCAUUCGGACUAUAAACAUGGCUACUUUGUUAUGAUGUAUAUUAAUGACUGUAUUUUCCCUGGAUGCGUUAAGAUUAAUAGGAGAGUAAUCAUUCUCUUGGAAAUGAUAACGAAUUUUCAACGCCCAGACAAUGUCUGUUCUCCAGGCCAAGGUCUGGGCAAGCAAUGAACUUAUUCAGUUGUUUGUUCCCUUGUGCACUGCAGCACAGCUGGUGGGGUAUAGAAAACGAACAGUGUAUGACUGAAGAGUUUGUACUCAGGAUGGGUGUAAAUGCUUCCACGGCUGCAGGUGUAGAUCCGGCAAUGGGAUUGAAUGAGACAUCUAAUGCAUCAAUUGGGGUUCUUAUAAGAGAGAAAAAGAAGAAGGUGACUGGAUUUGCCACAUUGAAAAAAAAACUGAUUCGUCGUAGACGGUCAUCAAAAGCAUGUGAUCAUGGUCGUAUGCUCAGGGAGUUGGUUAGUGAUUGGAGCGCUUUAGAAAUAGCUGCCCUUCUUGAGGAGUAUGAAGCACUUGCUGCUCUGAAAGAUUUAUGUGUUCAGGCCGAACUGGCCAGGCCCCCAGCUGCCACAUUCAAGCAAGACUUAUCGGCCCUUUAUGACUUCAAGUAUUGUACAGAUGCCGAUUUGGUGUACAGAGGAGCUUGUUUUCCUAUUCAUAGGGCUCUGCUUUCAGCACGAUGCCCGUAUUUCAGAGAUCUCUUCGCAGGUUGUCCAGGUUACGGUGCUCGGAUAUGUUUAGAAUUGCGCACUGCGACCGUUGAUGUACAGUUGUUUUCUGCUUUACUACGCUACUUAUAUACUGGAGAUAUCUGCCCUCAUGAUACGAAUAUUGAUAUUAAUUUAUUAAGAAGACUGCGUGAGGAAUUCGGUACCCCGAAUGCUCUAGAAGCUGACUUACGAUAUUUAUUAGAGACAGGGGAUUAUGCAGAUGCUGCUCUCGUUUUUACAUCUGAUGGAUCAGACUGUCAAAGGCCCGACUCUGGUAGUUCUGAAUACGGUUUCAGACCGAAACUUGAAUUACCUUGCCAUAAAGCAAUACUUUCUGCAAGAUCUCCAUUUUUUAGGAACUUAUUGCAACGACGAUCCCGUAGUGGAGAGGAACACACAGAAAGAGCAUUACACAUUCCUACCAGAAUAGUCUUAGAUGAAAGUGUGAUUCCUAAAAGAUACGCAAGAGUUUUGCUACAUGCAAUUUAUCUGGAUCACGUUGAUCUUAAUCUGAUAUCACGAAAUGGCUGUGGUGGUGGUCUUGGAGAGGCCCAAGCUUUAGCUCAUACAGGCAGAGCUAGGUUGUCCCCUAUAGAAGAAGCCAUGGAACUAUUCCAAAUCGGUCGAUUUCUAGAAUUGGAUAUCCUCUCUCAAGGCUGUGAAGAUUUGAUCCUUGAAUGGUUAUCGCAAGAGACUCUGCCAGCUGUUCUUCAAUGGGCAAGACAGCCAUAUGGCUCAGCGUGGGUGCAUAGACAAGCUCUACAUUUUUUGCGUGAAGAGUUUCAGGCUAUAACACAGUCUCCAGUAUUACAGCAAUUGGAUAAGACUCAUCUCAUUGAGGUUUUGAGAAGUCCCUUCCUGCAAGCUAGUGAAUUGGAAAUUUUGGCUGCUGUGCUAAAGUGGGGUGAAAGUGAAUUGAUAAGACGUAUGGAAGAUAGAGGUUUAUUUCCAGAGCCAAACAUUGUCAGCCACACCGCUCAUUCUGUGGCAAGAAAAGGAAUUAAGAAAAGGGAUCUAAGCGAUGUUGAAUUGAGAGAGAUACUCUGUGAUCUAUUGCCUUUAGUUCGUAUGGACCAUAUCCUGCCUCCCAAUAGUGAUAUUCUAAAUCAAGCAAUCAGAAGAGGUUUAGUUAGUACUCCACCCAGUCAUAUGAUCGGAGGAGAAAGGGAAAAUCUUCGGGUGAAUGCUUGGAUACGAUCUGGAAAAAACAAUGGACUCUUCAUUCAACCGCGUCUUUUUAUGCCUUACUAUGAUGAGGUUAAGGUUUUGGUAGAAGAUCAACUGAUACAAGAAGUUGAAAUGAUGAGAAUGAGAAGAGCUCGAUACAUGCAAGAUAUUCCGGAUACGCUUUAUAUGGUAGAAGAACAACCACGUCGGGGGCCUGUUGGUGUGGAUGUUUUAGCUUCCGUUCUACCUGUACCUGAUCCAGCUGUUAUGAGCGCCAUGUUGAAACGCGAGCAAAAGCUGCGCUCCUCACCUGGUUGCCAGAGAGCAAUAAACAUGCCGCUAUCGUCCAGACAAGAAAUCAACCGACAAAUUCGUUUGAGGGUAGUCAGAGAAUUCAACUUACCGGAUCCGGUUGCAGAUAUGUUAGAAAAUUACCAUCAUUUGUCGUUGGAUCUGCACGACGAUGAACGUAAAUAUGAAGGCCCCAUCCACUCUCCGGAAAAAUCCAGUUUGCUGUGCCAAGGUCACAUGACAUUUCCCAGGUCGAAUUUCACGCAAAGGCAUGAACUUCCUGCAGUUGUAGCCGAAGGGGAAUUCAGGUUUCCUGCUGAACCGGAAUCUAGUUCAUGCAGCGAUGGACACUUGUCGGAUAUCAUGCCUGACAUAGCUAUGGCGACAUCUACAAUGGGACAGAUGCAGCUGCAAGACCAGCAAGAGAUGCAACUCGAUCUUGGCGAUGGAGCCUCCCACUUGCAACCAAUGGCCAGUGCUUCGUAUAGACGCUAUCAACCAUCUACUUACCCCCAUCUGAGAUCCGAAACUCAGCCUUACUUGUCCCCGAAGAAUCGUUUCUUAUAGUUUCAGGCUUACCCCCGGCGUUUGUAAAUAAAUAGACAACUUAGCUUCUGUCGGGUAAAUAUUUCUUGUACAUCUGUGAUUUUUGGACGAGACUGAUAUCGAUUCAGUAGCCGAUAGAUUUGGUGCCGAUUUCUUUUCUGAAAUGAAUGCGAAAUUUCUGACGGAAUGGUAGCACCGCAACUUAAACAGUUGUAUUCAUAUUAUGGAAUAUACAUUAAUUUAUUAUUAUUAUUAUGCUUUUGGGGUAGUAAAAUUAAUUAAAUAAUUUAUUGCUUGUAAAUGAUUAUUCUGUUAAUACUAUUAUUUUUUUCUUAGAAGGGGUAGUUUAAGAUGGGAAAUUGAAUAUAGGAAAUCAAGUACUGAUUAAUAGCAAUACUGAAUUGAUAUAACCUCCAUUUUCACUUUCAAGAAUUUAGUUUAUGUUGUCCGUUUUCCCUUAUAUAAUUAUCAGUUGGAUCAAGAGAUAUUUGAUUGUACAAGAAAAAUCCGGUGUGCUAAAUUUCCAGGUCGUAAUGUGAUAUUACUAUUGUACGUUCUGAAUUCAAUUUCCCAGCUGAAACUUUCUCCCUCUAGUUGUUAUAUUAUAGAAAAGCUAUUUAAUUGUUUUUGUUGCAAUUUUUUGAAGUUUCCUUCGAGUUUUAUCAUCGAGUAAUUUUAAUUUUUCUACAAGGAGUCUCCAGAUGGAAAAUAUAUUUAAUGUUUCAGCGUAAAAAACAAAUAGUAAUAUAUUUGUAGAUUGUAAGUUAAUUUAUUAUUUUUAGGCGGAAUUUUUAAUCUCAAAUUGGAAAAUUUUUGAAGGAGUAACAUACUUGGUUCAAAAUUUCCCAAGUUUGAAUAUAAUGGGAAUAUUAUAAGAAAACUAUUACGUAUUGUACAUUCUUCUAAGAACCUUAAUGCAAUUUUCUCUUUUGUAUGUAAUUUUAACAUGUUCUUGAGGCUAAAAUGAUUUGAUUAACCACGUCUUAAUUUAUCAAGAAUUUCAACCUGCGCUUAACGAAUAGAUUUAUAAGUUCAGAGAAUACUAGUCAAAAGCCUCAAGUCUUCAUUGACAAAUAUUAACUUUGUUGAAUUCUAUCGUAUAAGUAAUUAUAUAUUUAAAGAACUCUGAUGGAACUGCUCUAUCCUGUGAUUCAUUUCAUUCACUGAUAUGUACUUAAUGUCACCACAGUCAAAACUGCAUUAUAAUUCGUAGUUUCCCAAAAAAAAAUUAUCGUUGAUUAUGUGAAACAAUAAUUUUGUCACUAUGUUGUAGAUUUGACAUGAACAUGCGUACUUUUUUAAGGAGUAGCAUCUCCAUGCAGCCUUUCGAUAUGAUCGUUUUUGUUUAGGUAUAAGACUUCAUAUUUCAGUUGAUAACUUCUCAUUCGGGAUAAUAUAGAAAAGAAUCAGAAUAAUAUUUUCAAUCUGAAGGAUAUUCAAUAAAGAAUAAUCCGAGCUUUUGAGUCCUAUUCUAAUGGGUUUUUCACCUAACGUUUCGCCUACUACGAUCGAGAAACUCCUGAACAAGUUUACCGCAGUUGUAUGAAACGUCAAGGGAAGAAUCGAUUAGAAAGCCCGGAAUUUUCAAGUUUUUGGCUUUCUGAAAUACUUCAGGAAGAUGCUGAGGAAUAUUAUUUUUCUGAUUCUCUGUUCGCCAUUCAGAUCAUAGGAGAAACUCUCGUUUGAUUCCAUAUCUUGCUUACAUAUUUCUUCACAGACGAAUAGAUUUGAGUCGACAAAAUUAUCGAAUGUGUGAAGUGGAAGCAGUUUACUUGUCAGUCAAAAAAAAAAAAGGGUUAUUCUCAUGAUCUGAAUUGGAACUUUGUUAAAAAUGUACCUGUGUAUAUCUUCAUCUAAAUGUUAAAUGUAUAUAAAUAUAUAUAUAUAUUCUGUAUUGAUAUACUUAUAGCAUGAAUGUAGUUUUCUACAUAGUACAUAACUCGACGUGUCUAUCUUUGAAGUUAAAUAUUCUUGCAAAAGUUUGAAAGUGGCGCCAGUGAUCAACAUUUAUUUGAAUUUCAUUUUGUAGUUUUGAUAUACUGACCAAACAUCGUGCCCAAAAUAAGUCGAGUAGCAUGAUAUGGCGUUACUUUCAGAUGUUAUCCAAAAAAUCCAACGAUUAUCUCCUAUUUUGUGUUUCAUGAAAUUAUCCAAAUUAAAGAAAGCGAUUUUGCUUUAGUUUAAAACUCAAACUCAGUUUAAAGUCUCAAAUUUUGUAAACGAACUAUUCAAGUUGAACCGAAGUACGAAAAUGUUUAGUUUUCAGGAUCCAUCCCAUUUGAACAAAUAAUGUCUGUGAUUUCUGUUAUUUUUAUCGUUUCUUUGAUUUUUUCUUUCAAUUCUCGUUUAAUGUUGCAUUAGGUGACAUGAAUGAAGGUUUAAAUCAAUAAAUGGUGUUUAGUUAAAUUGAAGAACACAAUUUUGUGAUAUAUACAUGUGUCUAUUUUGAUGUAUUUUCUAAUUGUUAUAAGUGUUAGUAUUAGAGGUAUGGUUUACAAGAGGUGUAUAUAAAUGGUCUAUUUUUUUUUCCUUAACGCCUAAGUGUACUCAUUGGAAAGGUUUCAAGAAUUCAGGGUAUGAACAUUAAAAAUGUUUCUGAAGUUGAAUGGGUUUUUUGUUGUUUUUGUACUUCAUGAAAAUUCCAAGUAUAAUGUAAAUAAAACGUCGAGAACUAACACUUAAUUUCAAUUCCCAUUUUCUAUUAUAUUCAUAAUAUAAGGAAGACCGAAAGAUAACUGGUUAUAGAGGUUCAUCUUAGCAAAUCUCAUUAUAUAUUUAAAUAUGUAUAAAUAAUAAAAUGAAUAUGGAGAAA